AUGUCUGCUCAAACCCCCAUUCCUUUCUCAGAACCUCCCUACCUCUGCGGUCUCCCUUCUCCUUACUACACUCCGUCCCACUUGAAAUGGCAGAAAGCAUGCCGUGCUUUUCUCGAAGAACAUUUUCUUCCAUACGCGAUGGACUGGGAACGUGAAGAAACCGUUCCGGCUCAUGUCUUUCAGACAUUCGCUAAGCACAAUAUGCUAAUCCCAAACUUACCCGCUCCACUGCCGGUCCAGUGGCUAAAGAAGCUCGGGAUACAUGACAUACUCGGCGCUGUCAAAGUAGAAGAAUGGGAUUACCUUCACACAGGCAUCUACAUUGACGAGAUGGCGCGCUCUGGCCUUGCCGGCCCCUCCGGCUCCCUCACAGUCGGAAUGGCUUUUGGCGUCCCCCCUCUGAUCAAGUUCGGCAGUCCAGAGCUACAAUCACGAUUCCUCCCAGACCUUCUCACCGGCAAAAAGAGAGCCUGCAUCGCCAUCACCGAACCCACCGCCGGCAGUGACGUAGCCAACAUCUCCACCACCGCUACCAAAUCAUCCGACGGCCAAUCCUACAUCGUCAGCGGCACCAAAAAAUGGAUCACAAACGGCAUCUGGUCCGACUACGCCUGCAUGGCAGUCCGCACAGGGUCCCCCGAUUCCGGUCCCGCAGGCCUUUCCCUCCUCGUGGUCCCGCUUAAAAACCACCCGGGCGUAACAAUGCGCCGCCUGAAGCCCUCCGGCCAAAUCACCGCCGGCACCACCUUCAUCAAUCUCGACGAUGUUCAUGUCCCAGUCUCAAACCUAAUCGGCACCGAAGGUCUCGGCAUGAAAUACAUAAUGAUGAAUUUCAACCACGAACGCCUCACCAUGGCCGUCGGCGCCACCCGCCAAGCCCGCAUAGCAUUGAGCGCCGCAUUCGAGUACUGCCUGACACGCGAAGCUUUCGGGAAAUCCCUCAUUGAGCAACCAGUCGUGCGUCACCGCCUCGCCAAAGCGGGCGCAGAACUCGAAAGCAUGAGUGCCUGGGUCGAGCAGUUCCUCUACCAGAUGGUCCAUCUCCCGCCCAAGGAAGCAGACACCAGGCUCGGCGGUCUGACGGCACUGGCGAAAGCGAAAGCGGGCUUGGUCCUGAACGAGUGUGCGCAAUGCGCGGUCCUGCUGUUUGGUGGGAAUGGAUUUACGACCACGGGUCAAGGGGAGAUUGCCGAGAGGAUCUAUCGCGAGGUCAUGGGGAUGAGGAUUCCGGGUGGGAGUGAGGACGUCUUGCUCGACCUGGCGGUGAGGCAGUUGGUUAGGAAUUAUCAGCGUCACACGGAGAAGAUCAUGGAGAGGCCGAGGGGGGGCGCGAAGUUGUAG